AUGGUUGAGGCCGAAGGUGCACUAACAGAUUUGCCUAUUAUCCCUUCAAAAAAGUCGAAACAAGUUAAAAAGCCUCGCUGUCAUCAAACUAAUGCAGCAGAGAAAUUACUUAAAAAACUAGAGAAUCCUAAGAAUGCUUACCGGUUGAUCACUUGUGAGUUCGAUGAAAAUGUCUUGCAAAUGUCCGGUUUAUUGGCUUCCCUCACAUCAAAGCUAGAAACCAAUUGGCAAUCUUCAACAAUAAAUCAUUUGAAUUCUUCCAAUGAUCCAUUAGAACAGUAUAUUGCUCAACAAUUACCACCAAUCAUUCAGCCGAAAAGUGUUGGAUUAGAUGGUCCUAGCGGUUCUGUCCCUGUGUCAUUUGCUUUCACAUGGACCCGUUAUCAACCAAGGCUAGAAACAUUUGCUGGAGAAAAAGAUGAAGAAUCAAACGAUCAAUCAGCAGUUAAUAUUAAACUUGAUCCAAUUGUUGAACCUGAAGUUGUCAUCUUGUUAACUACUGAUCAGAUUAGAAAUCUACUGGUGAAGCCAACUCAUCCAGCCUGCAAAAAACAGAAGAUACAUAAAAAUACAAAUAUGGAGGCCUUUGGCACUGCAUUAGUCAAUCUAAAACGACCAAUUACGUGUAUUUUACUAACAGGAUCUAAUUCCAAGGCGAAGAAUCCAUCGUCAUCAAGUUCGUCCACAUCAGAUUCUUCACUAGUUUCGUCAAUUAAUGAAUUAUGCAUUGAAUUACAAUUAAAUUGGAAUGUACACAGUACACGUAUCACUGCCAACCUGCAUGACGUGGCUAUGAUUUUGAAUGCAUUUACAAGAUCAUUAGCAGAAAGACAAUUUAAACAAGGACGUCUUGGACGUGAUGAAGGCUUAGCCUUUCUUCCAGAUACAGUACGUAAAGGAUUGAGUAGUUGUGCUCUGCAUGGUCGUGGUCCAGGUAAAGCACCAUUGCCAAAUGAUGAUGUUCAAUCGUUAAUGGGUGGUGAACAUGCCCUACAUUCAUGGGCUAAUCGUGUAUGGUUAUCCCAGCUGGGACAAUGGCGUGGACUGACUGGUGAAAUAGCCUAUGCUAUCACGUUGGUUUAUCCAACAGCACGUUCAUUUUAUAAUGCGUGUAAAUCAGCAGAGAUCAAAGCGGCGACUGGUCAAGGUAGUAAUCGCUCUGAAAAUCAAAAGUUUUCGCAUCCAUUCGAAGCUGAGUUGGCUAAUUUGGAAAUACGUCGUGGUACUGGUGUACUCGCUUCCCGAAGACGAUUGGGUCCUGAACUUGCGAGACGUUUAAUUCAGCUGUUUACAUCAACUAAUCCUCAUGAAGUGAUUAAUUAA